UCGCGAUGCACGUCCUUGGUGGUUUUUAUUAGAAGAUAAGAAGUUGGCUUCUUCUAAAAGACUACGCCAUAAACAACCGAAGACACCAACGUGACUGUAACUAACAACUUAACAGGAAUCAUGUCUGGUACGAUGCCAGAUUCUACAAAAGAUGGCCAUAGCAACGGACCUGAGAAGAACCUAGAGCCAGAAAGCUUUCUCAAGAAGAUGGUUAGGUGUGUCACUGGCAAAAAGGCGAACGAGGAUGAGGACGAAGAAGAGAUCACUGAUUAUGAUAAAGGGAAGUUUGGCAUCGGUCCGUGCAAACCUAAACGAUUGCAGUUCCUUUCCAAUUUAUGGGCUUUCGUGUUUUUGUACGGACCGUUUGCUCUAUGGAGUGUUGCUGUCGUGCCCUUCGUGAGGUCCCAGGUCACCAACAUUGAGCGGCAUUUCAAAAUCAGUAGCUCUAAGAUGGGCGUAGUGUUCAGCGUGGACGAGAUCGGCUACUGCUUGCUCGUGGUCCCGGGCAGUCACUACGGCAAACUGACACACAUCCCGAGGCUCCUGUCUGUCUCUGGACUCGUCAUCGGCAUCGGGAUCCUGCUGAUUGGAUUUUCACAGGUGUACGAGCCAGUCCAUCUUCCACAAACCGGUUCCUUCGCAAACGCCAACGACACGUCGGGGAACGCCCAGUACCUUUGUGGCGCUGUGGGCAACAACCUCACUAAUGGCUCACAAGAGCAACCCAUCGCUAGUUACACGUUGCCGUGGGCCUUCUACUUUUUCGCCUGCCUCAUGUUCAUCACCGGAGCCAUGAAGUCUGUGCGGGUGGCGCUUUGUAUGUUCUACAUAGAGAGAAACGUCACGAAGAAAUCACAAGCUGGAAGCUUGAUUGGUACUCUUUUUGCCAGCUUUGUGUUUGGAUGGCCCAUCGCCAUGUUGCUGGGCUCCUUCGCCAGCAGAACCCCCGUUGAUUUGACGUCUACAGACAUGUCGACAAGCGACCCUCGAUUCAUCGGCGCCUGGUGGCUAGGCUGUCUCAUUAUUGGCAUCCUGUGCGUGUUCCUGGCUAUCCCAGUCAUGCUGAUGCCAAAGCACGUCAUAAAACCAAGACCAAAAGAUAUGGAAGUUAAAGUAAUCCAACAUAGCGAUGAGUCCUUUGCUGGGGAGAAGGAGAAGGAAGAGGAGUUAAAGAAGGUUACAGACUUCAAGCAGGAGGAAGCUCGACGUAGCAGUUUUGUGGUGAAGAAUAGGCCACAAGAGCCGAGCAAAGAGUUUUCCUUUAAAGGUUUUCUUGAGAUGCCGAAGUCAAUGUGGCGUGUGGUGAAAAACCCCAUUGUCCUGCUUCUGACAAUGGAGGUUGUGAUUGCCAGAUUUGGCGGCACAGGGUACUCGACCUUCGAGCAAAAGUACAUGGAAGUGCAGUUUAAUAAGACAUCCGCGGACAUCAGUUUCACUUUGGGAAUCUGUCAGCUGACUACAAGCUUCCUGGGCACUUUUCUGGGUGGUUUCAUCUCGUCCCGUUUCAACCUGUCCCGUACCGGUAUGGCCAAGCUCACGGCGGUGUUGGUUUUCAGCACCUGUGGCCUGGACCUGCUCAUGUUUUGGCUGUCCUGCGACGACCAGGUCAUCUACGGUCUCACCGACAUGAACAUAAGCAACACCACCGACUCCUGCUCAUGCACAGACCAGAACAAUCUACCUGUGUGUGGGUCAAACGGCGUUACUCUGGGAUUCCCGCUCCAAUGGUUUUUGGUAGAAUCGUUGACAGCGCCUGCAUUCUGUGGGACACCGCCGGCGGCGACUGUAAACUCUACUCUCGUGAGGACCUCAAGUGGAAGAUUGUGGGCAGCUUCAACGGACUGCGCUGGCUGAGUAACAUUCUCCUGGUGGCUGUCCUCAUCCUUAUGGUGCGUGACGACCGCAGGAAAGCCCGCCAAAAGAAGGAGAAGGAGGACGAGGGUCGAUUGGGCGGGGUUGACAACGAAGGGGCGGUGCUUGAUGACGAGGAUGAGAAAGGUUUGGAGGCGGGGUACGAACUGAAGAUGCGACGAAUGAGCGCAAUCAGUGUGGAGAGUAACACACUGCAUACCAGGCUGUGAAGAGUCUAUCGGAAGGCAACAACAAGUCGCUAUCUUAGAAUUACAAAGUUUUGUCUGACAUUUUUGUCUGUUUUUGAGUUACUAGGGCCAUGAGUUCAGAAACCAAAUCCUAUCCGAAAGUAGCGGCAGGAAGUCGGUGAGAGAAAUCUUCGAAACUCUCUCCAGAAAAUUCAAGUAAAACGCUCAUGCAAGUAAUGAUUCGUCACUGGCGCACUGUAAAUCUAGAAUAAAAAUCUUGUUAUACUUGUGCGCCAGAAAAUCGAUUUGUGUAAUUUUGCUGAAAGAGGGGAUUCAGAAAUACAUGAACAGGUGUAAAAUACAUUUCCAGUUACAUGGGGAUGGGGAAUGUGGGUGGGGAGUCUUCAAGCUAAAAUGUGACAUACUUGAAGACGUGUGUUUGAUCAAAUGCUAGUCUACUUAGAAUUUAUAGGGGUGGGCGACAAAACAAACAUGCAAGUAAAUGAAUAAGGAAGCAUGUAUUGAAUUUAUAUCUAUAUCAACCAAUCAGUCAGUCAACCAAUCUAUCUAUCGAUCUAUCUAUCCAUCCAUCCAUCUAUCUAUCU